AUGGAGACCCUGGAAGCACAGCUGGAGGACGCGAGGACACGCCAUGCGGCCCAGGAGUACGGAACGAUCCCCUGGGCGGUCGUGGAGGCUGGCAUUCGCCAUAUGUGGGCGACGUUGCACCCUCCUCAACCUGCGUCUCCUCGACCGGUGAACACAGAGGACGGCGUCGACGUAGGCGUCAAAGCCGGGGGUGGCCAAGUCGGCAGCAGUGCGGGAGGCACGUCGAGGCAGAGAGGUGUGAUACACGCCGAUGAAGUCGGCGGCGUUCAGGCGCGACGGAAGCGAUCGACGGCGGCGACUGGCACCUCGCAGGGCGACGUCGGAGGUCGACGAAGCGGGUUGUCGCCGAUGUCGGCGACUCAGGUGACGGCAGGCGGGAUUGCUCCGAGCUACGGCUACUUCAAGUUCACGCCGGACAGGAUCCUGGUCACCCCACCGCUCACUGGUCGACCCGACAUCCUCACCUGGAAGGAGGCCAUCGAGCCACAGCUGGAGAUGGCCGGGCUGAUCAACUUUGCUCGUGGUACCGUGGAGACGCCGGACGACCCCGACUUGCGAGCUGAGUUUCGCGCCGUGCAGCUGUUGACCUUCACGGUCAUCUCGAGGUGCUGCUCGCCGGGCGUGCAAAUCGCCUUGAAGUGGUGCCGGGAGUACCUCGACGCCGGCCACCAGGCGUGGCACUUCAUUGAGUCGACGUACCAGGUCACCGACGACUUGUUCAUCGCCCAGCUGGAAGGGCAGCUGACGCAUUUCUACUCGAUGGCGUCUUACAUCACGCACGUCAUGCAGGGACUUCGGAGCAGCUACAACCUGUUGAAGCGGCUGUCCAUGGCGCCAAGCACGAGGGCGACGCUCAACGAGGACAACUUGACCUCGUACAUCCUGCAAGACGAGGCGAUGCAGGAGGCAGAGCGGUCCCAGGAGCUCUUGGCGCAGGCGAACUUCGUCGCCCCGGCGAAGCUAGGUGGUCGACCGGGACAGCGUGGGCAGUCUGGCGGCGGGGGCAGCAGUGGCUCGAAACCGGCCAAGGAGGUCGACAAGAAGAAUGACUCGGACGACGACGACAAGGGAGGCCGCGGGAGGUCUGGCAGUCGUCGACCUCGUCGAAGAGGGAGCCAGCUGUGCAAGGAGAAGGAGAAGCAGUCGACCAAGUCGUCGACCUCGGCAAAGGACGCCGACUCCGCUGCUGGCAGCAAGGGGAGAGACGACAAGUCGGCGUCAUGCUCUCUGGUCGGCGUCGUGGAGCCGACAGUCUCGCUGGCGCCGGAGGCUGGCGAGGACUUCCAGGCGGUGGCGGCAGCUGUGCAGGCCAACCCGGCGGUGGUCCUGCUCGACAGCGGCUGCUCCCACCACCUGAUGGGGACAAAGGACGCCUUCGUCGACUUGGGGCCGAGCGGCGAUGUGAAGCACGUGCGUGGCUUCAAUGGGGCGCUGCAGGACGUCCAGGGCCGCGGCACCGUCGCCCUGCAAGGCGAGGCCAGGAAGCAGGUGCUCAUCCCCGACGUGCUGUACGUCCCGGGUGUGCGGGCGAACCUGUUGUCGUCCGGCCAGCUGAAGGAGCAUGGCGUGAAGUUUCGGGAGGACGGCGACGGGAUGCUGCUCGUCUCGGCAGCAGGAGAGGUGCUUGGUCGGGCGACGUACUCUGGGCGAGUCCUUUGCACCGACCUGCGACCCUGCUCCACGAGGGCCACGUCGCCCACGCCGGAGGUUGUGGCCCUGCGGGCGAUCGUCUCCAAGACGAAGUCGACGCCGAGCAGGAUGCAUGCUCGGCUUGCGCACGUCGGCAUGGACACCAUUCGGAGCUCGGCGAAGAACGAGGUCGCCAUUGGGCUGGACCUCAAGUCGGCGACGGGCGCCGACUCACCGUGUGUUUCGUGCGUCGGCGGGAAGCUGGCACGGCACACCUUCCCCGACCAAGGCUCCGACGCCGCCGACGUGCUCGCCGUCGUCCACAUCGACUUCUGA